CCUGGGACAGGAGCCAAGUCCAGCUGUAGGGCGGGCCCUGUUCUGUGUGCAGUGUUCAAAGCUCAGUUUUCAUAGCAAACAGGUCAGAAGACUGGACGAGAGUGCAAGUAAUCAUGGAAGUCAUCGCUAGGCAUCGCACUCUCCUACUUUGCCUUGCUGGCUUAAGUGCCACCAUGGCUGUUACCUGGCUCUUUUUCUCUAAAAGGAAAAAGAAAAGGCAGCUGAGGAAGGUGGGUGAGGUCUCCCAACUUUUCCUGUAUCCUGUAAAAUCUUGUAAAGGAAUUCCCCUGCCAGAAGCUGAAUGCAGGGAGUACGGACUGAAAAGUGGCCCGCUGAAAGACAGACAUUGGCUUGUUGUAAAGGAGGACAAAGUACAUGUUACAGCGCGACAGGAGCCACGGAUGGUGCUGAUAACAGUAACCUGUACAGACGGUCGCUUAUCUCUCAGUGCACCAGGAAUGGAGGAACUGGAAAUUCCUCUGAAACUUCCUAAAGAUAAUGCAGUUAUUACUUGCAAGGUACAUGGGCAUGCAGUACAAGGCAGAGACUGUGGAGAUGCAGCAUCUCACUGGAUAACGAGCUUCCUGGGGAGCGCUCAGAACUACCGGUUAGUGCAGUUUGAAGAGAAAAUGAAAUUCAGGAAUCCAAAGAAUGAAUAUGCAGCAUACACAGAAAAUGGUCAGGUGGCGUAUCCUGACCUCAGCCCCCUUUUGCUGCUGUCUGAGGCCUCCGUCAACGAUCUAAACACCAAACUAGAGAAAAAAGUCACAAUUAGAAAUUUUCGGCCUAAUAUUGUGAUUUCUGGAAGUGAUGCCUUUGCUGAGGACACUUGGAAUGAAAUCCAAAUAGGCAGUCAUGUGACGCUGAAACGAGUCAUGCCUUGUCCAAGAUGUAUACUAACCACUGUGGAUCCUGACACUGGAAUCAUUAAUAUGAAGGAGCCGCUGGACACACUACGCAGUUAUCGCCUGUGUGACACUGCGGAUAAAGACUUGUAUAAAUCAUCUCCACUAUUUGGACAAUUUGUAAAGAUACUGAAGAAAGGAACAGUUAAAGUUGGAGACCCUGUUUACCAAAUAGUAUACUGAAUGCUGCAAAUGUCUGUCUGUCUAUUAAACCAAUUGCCAAAAUAAUUGUAAAUAUGGAUCAAAAUGCUAGCCAAUAAAAUGUAAUGCAAAAUAA